GUGGUCCCUUCCUCGUGUGAUCAUGCCUUUUAGUCGGACGGCGAUAAACGAGGAGCAGGCCCACUUCUCAAAUGUUAUACAGACGUUCAGGCAAUACGCCGCGUACUCGUUGUCAGCGAAUAAUCGCCGCAGAAAGGAUUUCUUCACUCUGCCACGGGCGGAUCAGGAGCUUCUACACAGCCUUCGGUACAAGGAAAAGCUCGCGGAGGUCGAUAGAGCUAUCCUCGCCAAUGCAGAGUUCCUCAACCAGAUCGUCGUAGACCCAGAGAUUUUCGGACACGAGUUGGAGGGCAUAGACGAUCCGGGCGUAAAUGAUGUUCCAGGCGAUACCCAAGGGCCCUUUCACUCACAUUCGCAUGAUCAUACGCACGGACCUCACUCGCACUCACAUGACGCGCCUACUAGAGCUUCGCAAGGCCACGCCGGGCCAGAAAAAAAGGGACGGUACCGACCAACUGAUUUUGACAUGGACAAGCUGAGAAGCACGCUCAAGCAGUUCGUCCGCGAUUGGAGCGAAGAGGGUCGCGCUGAGCGUGAGGUAUGCUAUGCUCCGAUGCGGGAAGCAUUGUUGCAGCACUUCUCUGAUAUCCCCCCUGCGGAAAGACAUAAUUUGAGAGUCCUCGUUCCAGGGGCGGGAUUGGGACGUCUGGCUUGGGACAUUGCGAAUCUGGGCUUUGCGUGCCAGGGCAACGAAUUCUCUCAUUACAUGUUACUAGCAUCGUUCUUCAUUCUGAACCGUACCGAUUCAGUGAACCAGCACACCAUCUAUCCAUAUGUGCACUCCUUCUCCAACCUGCCGAACAACGCCGCCAUGCUCAGGCCCAUCACCAUCCCCGACAUCACGCCCUCUUCUCUGCCCCAAGGCAGCAACUUCUCCCUUGUCGCCGGCGAUUUCGAGGAGAUAUAUGGGGCGGAUGACGACGCAGAUGAGCCUCAUAGUGGACAGUGGGACGCCGUCUUGACCUGCUUCUUCAUCGACACGGCGAAAAACAUCGUGAACUACCUCCGCGUUAUCCAUCGAAUACUCGCCCCAGGUGGCGUCUGGAUCAACUUGGGUCCGCUUUUGUGGCACUUCGAGAAUAAUACAACGAAUGACCCUUCGAUCGAGCUCACCCUCGAGGAAGUCAAGGCCCUUGCGCGUAAGAUUGGCUUCGAUAUCUCGAACGAACGUACUAUUGACACGACGUAUACUAACAAUGCGCAAAGUAUGCUGGGAUAUGUAUAUCAUGCUGCAUUUUGGACGGCGAAGAAGAUAAUCUGAUCCAUGUCUCGCUCGCGGUUGGCAUUGGUCAGGACAGCUCACAGACAUGUACUACUUUCAUGUGCAGAAUAGACGAUGAAGUAUGAUUGACGGAAACGCAUAAACACCGUAUUUAAGUUGAGGGUUGCAUACGG